AUGGCUUCAUCAGGCUUCUCACCAGCUGCACCUCCAGUCUUUAGUGGAGAAGGAUACCACAUUUGGGUGGUUAAGAUGAGGACCUAUCUCCAAGCAUUUGAUCUAUGGGUGGUCAACUCAGAUAUUGAACCAGCACCAUUGAGAGCAAAUCCAAUAGUUGCACAGGAGGAGUUCCAAGGUACUGAAAGAACAAGGCAACAACAGCUUCUAAACUUGAGAAAUGACUUUGAGAACUUGAAGAUGAAGGAAGAAAAAACUGUCAAGCAGUAUUCAGACAGAAUAAUGGCUGUGGUUAGCAGCAUAAGGCUUCUUGGAGACUCAAGCACCACUGCCUAUAAAGGAAAGAAGACUUGGAAGGAUAAACCUAAGUCAGAUGCUCCAAAAAAAUGGGAAACACCUUGCAAGCAUUGCAAGAGACCUGGUCAUCCGGAAGCCAAAUGCUGGUUUAGGCCAGAUGUGCAGUGCCAACACUGCAAAAAGAUUGGCCAUGUUGAAAAAGUUUUCAAAGAGAAAAUAAGACCAAGGCAAAAUCAACAGCAGCCAAGGGCUGAAGCUCGAGUAGCUGAAGAAGGCAGUAAUAAUGAAGAGCAGGUCUUUGCAGUCUUCUGCUCAGCUGCUCUGAAGAAAGUCUCAAAUGAUUGGCUCCUAGACAGUGGCUGCACUAACCAUAUGUCAUCAGAUGCAGCAAUUUUCAAGUCUUUAGACAGAAACUGUAAAUCUAAAGUUAAAGUUGGCAAUAACCACUUUAUUAAGGCAGAAGGAAAGGGAGAUGUGGUUAUUUGCACUCCAACAGGUAACAAGAUCAUUUCAAAUGUUUUGUUAGUUCUUGAAAUUGACAGAAACCUGUUAAGUAUAGCUCAGUUAAUUGAAAAAGGCUAUAUUAUGGUGUUCAAAGAAAAUGAACGUUAG